AUGCUCUCAACCAUGCCACGUCCCUACCAAGCCGAAUUUACCUUUGAAGGUCUUUCUGACGAUAACGGUCUGAGCGAAAUGACAUCGCCCACCUCUGCGCGCGUGGGUGACGGCCCAAACCCUGUUCAAGGCGUUAUCAGACCCGAUCGAUCACGUCCUUGCGACGUCUGUCGGCGACGCAAAAGCCGGUGCGUCAUCAAUCCAGACGCUGCAGCUUGUGUGAUGUGCCAGUUCCACAAUCAACCAUGUACCUUUAUCGAAGAAGCAGCUCCGAGGCGACGAAAACAGACAGACCCUCCCGAUACCACUACCACCGGGUCGGCUAGACGAUCAGACUCCGAUGACCCACGACGGCAAUCCGCUGAAUCACUUGUUCGAAACGACUCUGUUAUCAUUGACGAUUAUGCGAAUCUACAGGGCCAGAGUCUGCUCAAGAAAACCCUCGGACUCCAGGUCAACCGAUAUGCAAAGUAUAUCGGCCCGACUGAUGAGCAUGACUUUGCUCUUUUGGACCUGCGGUUGUAUGACCAGGUCAAAAACGAAAGCCCUGCAGAUCUAGGUUCUUUCCGCAAAGUCAAUCAGGGAGUCUUCUUCCACCAGUAUCCCGACGCUGAUUCGCCUACCCAACCCCAGGAUAUAGAAGAGCUUGACAACAUUGAGCGCAUUGUCGCUCCUCACGGAGAAGCUCUGAUCAGGCUGUACUUCAGAACCGUCCAUCCCAGUUUCCCCAUUCUGCACAAAAAGGUCUACCUGGAAAAAUAUGGCCGAACCCACCGAGAAUUCUCUCCGCCAUUACUUGCUGCCGUGUACAUUCUGGCCCUGAAUUGGUGGUCGUACAGCUCGGAACUUGCACGCUCGGCCAAGCCCGAUGUUUCUCGGCUGGAAGAGAUCGCAUAUCGAACGUUACAAGCUGUAUCUCAGCGCGCAAAGUUGUCCACCGUACAGGCCGGGCUUUUGCUGCUUCAACGUCCCGGGAGCAAUCAAGCAUGGCAGUUGACAGCCCAACUGGUCGCUAUCGGCCAAGAUCUCGGACUACACCUUGAUUGCACCAACUGGCGCAUACCAAGCUGGGAGAAAGGGCUACGGAAACGACUGGCGUGGGCUCUGUUCAUGCAAGACACUUGGUCCGCCCUGAUCUAUGGACGGCCGCCGCACAUCUCCGCCACGAAUUGGGCAGUCCAGCCCGUCAUCGGCAGUGACUUUCCGGAAAGCGCAGCCGACGAGGAUGAAGAAGAGGGCAGUACCGAAGUCGAGAAGGGCCGGACGUUGUUCAGCGCCAUGAUUACACUCACAAAGAUGCUGGCAGAGGUCCUCGAGGACCUUUAUUCCCUCAAGGCUGAGAUGGAGGUCAAGAGCUCGUACGAUGGGACCAAAGCCAUCUUGGAUAGAGCCAAACCCAUUCAGCUGAAACUUCGGUCCUGGUAUGCGGACAUGCCCGAAGCCCUUCGAAUGGACGCGACCAGAGUUGGCAAGCUGAGUUCGGUUGGGUAUUUGCAUCUGGCGUAUUUCGCGACCGAGAUCACCCUUCAUCGGCGGAUACUACGGUCCUUAUCACAAAACACGGAUCCUUAUCUGAUUCAGAUCUGUCGGUCGGCGGCAAAGGCACGACUGAUCAGUGCCAUGGACUUUUUCAACAGGCUGAAACCCGAACAUCUGCAGUCCUUCUGGUAUUUUGCAUCCAAGUUCAACUUCGCGCUGAUCGGGACCUUUGCUGGACUUUGUUUUGUCACAUCCGUCAGCCAAGAAGAGGCCGAGUUCUACCAGCGACGAUUACUGGAAUAUCGAUGGACGCUGAGGGUGUCCAACAAGAGCGCCGAGUUUCUCGAGAUUGCUAGCGGCAUUCUGGAGUCGGCCGUAGGAUCGUUGCUGAAGGCGGCCGAUUCGAUCGACAGUCGAGGGUUCUCCUUCCCGAUGCUCCAAGAACAAGCAGAAGAGGAAGAUAUCGCCAUGGAGGGCUUCUCUCCCAGUGCUGAUGUUGGUUACUACGACAGUCAGAUGCUCCCUUGA